AGUCAAAGUUAGAUAUUCAUUGAAUCUCGAGAGGGGCAGGGGCUAAUAUUCUAGAAUUUCGAGAUAUUCAAAGAGAGUAGAAGCUAUAUCGCAUGUGUCCAUUUAGAGAGGAAGUAUUUGCAAUGUCUAGUUUGACUGGGACAUUGAAAAUGAGCGCUGCUUUUCUGUCCACCAGGAUCUUAGCUCGCUUCAGGAACAUCAACCAAAAAUGGGAAAGUUCCCGGUGAGCUCCCGCCGCUUGCAAGGGGCGAUCUAGAUCAUGAUCCCUGUAGAUGCUGUCAUUAAAGUCAUGAUAUCAAAAUCUCACUUCAACAAGAAACACUCUCUUCCUUUUAAUUGAGAUAGAUUUCUCAACCCUCAGUACGAUAUGCCUUGGUCUCUCGUCUCCCCUGCUAGUAGAGGCAUUGGAUUCCAUUUGACUCGCCAUCUCCUCCAAACAACGAAAAUACCCGUUAUUGCAACAGCCAGGAAAGAUGUAGACGGAGUGAAGAAGAGCAUACUCCAAGAUUUACCAAAUGUUGAAUCUGAUCGCUUGACCGUCCUCGAGUUGGACGUUACCAAUGAAACUUCCAUCCACCGCGCAGCAGAAGACGCAAAAUCCAUGUUCCCCCCAGACAACCACCUCCACCUUGCCUUCGCCAUCCCCGGCAUUCUCUAUCCAGAAAAGGCACCCUCACAACUCGACCACGAGCAGCUAAACCGCGCCUUCGCCAUCAACACCAUCGGCCCCUUGCUGCUCAUGAAGCACUUCACGCCCUUUCUGCCUUCCAAAUCCACCAAACUCGCCAUAUCCCAAGAACAAGAACCGGCCCUCCCGCCACACGCCGUCUGGCUCACGAUGUCCGCGCGCGUUGGCUCAACAACUGACAACAACCUCGGAGGAUGGUUCUCCUACCGCGCUUCAAAAGCCGGCGUCACGUCGAUCACCAAGAGUCUGGAUCUCUAUUUGAAGGGGAAGUGCGGGGAGAAGGCGAUGGCGAUGGCGUAUCAUCCGGGGACCGUGAAGACGGGACUCAGUAAGGAGUUCUGGGGCAGCGUGAAGAAGGAGAAGUUGUUUAGUCCUGAGUAUGCGGUUGAGAAAAUGGUGGGGGUCGUGAGGGAUAUUGGGUUGGAGCAGAGGGGCCGGUGUUGGGAUUGGAGGGGGACGGAGGUUUUGCCUUGAGAGGGCGAAGAGUUUAUCUAGAAUAGCUGUACAUAAUAUGUGGAAAGGUUAUUAAUCAGAUCGAAUUUUGCUAUCAUGAUCGUUCAAGAGAACCCGC